AUGAGUGUGUCCCAGGGACCCGACCACCUUGAGAAGCUGGUAGGGCCAGCCAAGGUCUCGCCAGUGGCUACACCCAGGGCGUCUUUCAACUUAUCCCUACGCCAGGCCGCCGCCUGGCUGACCUGCCUAAUUACCAGCCUCAUACUUCCCUCCCCUUCAUUCGACUUCUGUCUGUCAUGGUCAUUUGCCCAGCUGCGACGGGGCGCAGCCCGCAUUGCAUCAGUUCUUGACGAUGAGGGUGUCCAGCCGGGUUCAACGAUGCUUCUUUUCCUCCCCAGCUGCGCGGAGUGGUCACUAAUGAUGUGGGUGUCCGCACUCAGGUGCUAUACUCUGGUCACCCUUGAUCCUGCCAUCGCGCAACUCGGCCAAGAGCGGUUGUUAGAUGAUUAUAUAGAAAAGCUGAAGCCUUCGGUGGUCGUGGUCGGUACUCAGGCAUCGGCAGUUGCUGUCGACAAGGCCAGGAGCAAUCUCAAGAGCUACGGUCCCUUUGUGGGUAUCACCCUCAACGUUUUGGAGAAGCCUCGUCAAAGUUGGACAAGUCUGCUGGGGAUUUCUGUUCGAGAGUUCACCAACGAGCUUGAAGCUGCGCCAGCUGCUGUCGACAGCCUCGACCGUGUUGCCAUGAUUAUAUUUACCAGUGGCACGUCAUCCGGCAAACCAAAAGGCUCCGUCAGGACAGUGCGAGACCUCCUGCGGCCGCUUACUGGCAACGACCUACCUCCGCCUCUAAGACCACCAAUGACGCUCAUUAACACGAACGUGGCGCAGAGCAUGGCCCCGUGCCUCUUGUAUGCGACCUGGCAUUCAGGAAACGCUGGCGUUCUGGUUGGCGGAAACUUCAAUGCCGCGACAACUAUUGCCUCGAUGGAGACUUCCCGGCCUAUCACGGCGGCUCUACAUCCCCACAUGGUUGACUCGGUUUGCACCCAUUCCGACUUCUCUACCCACAAGGUGUCCUCCAUCCGGUUCUUGCUCAUCAUUGGCUCUGUAACGAUGGAAGAAACGCUUCGGUUGGCGCAGGAGAUGUUCCCAAGGGCCAAGAUCAAUGCCAGCUACGGCAUGACCGAGGCAGCGGGCAUGUUCGGCUGGAAGAAAGGCAUUCCAGCUAUCAACCAUAUCCCCUCGUAUAAGGGCAUCGUGUCCUGUGGCUUCGCGCUGCCCGGUGUCAAGAUUAGGAUUGUCGACGAUAUGGGCGGCGUUGUCUCGCAGGGUAGCCCGGGUGUGCUGCACAUCUGUGGUGACAUGGUAGCCAGCGGCUAUAUUGACAGCAACGGCGCUGAAUCAUUCUACAAGGAUGGAGACGACACAUGGUACAUUACUGGUGACUGUGCUGUCCUCGACGAACAGCGGCGGAUAUAUAUCCUGGGGCGAUACGAGAACAUGAUCCGUAGGGACAGUACUAUUAUUGCGCCAGCGACGGUUGAGAAUGCCAUUAAGAAGCAUUAUCCUCACACUACGAUAUGUUUUACCGAUCUAAAUAUAAAAUGGAAGCGCGUACUAACAUUUUUUUACCCCGUAGUCUUUGGCAUAACCGCGCCAGGCAGCAGCGACGAGAGCAUCUACGCUAUCCUCCCCGACUCCGCCAUCGACCGGGAUAGAGUUAAGAACCUCGUCAUCAAGGAGCUUGGAGACGGCCAUCGGCUCGCCGGCGUCAUUGAACUUCCACAGCUGGACCUGGUGGACUGGCCACUUACUAUGGCGGGCAAGCUGUCCCUCUUUGACUUGAGGGGCAGGCUCACCAAGUACCUGGCUGAGGAGACAGGCUCGUCAACAUAG